AUGUCUCGGAUCUACGACAACUGGGAGAGGUUGGUGGCAGCCGUGCUGAAGAGAGAGCAGAUUCGACAGCUCUGCUACGCCCCCUCCAGCAGCUCAGGCAGCACCCUCUCAUCAGAUUUCAGUACUAUCUCAACUUCUCAACCUGAUGAAUCUAGUCAAAUUGAGAAUGAGUUGACUGAACCAUACAAACCAGGGGUGCAUGUUACACUUGAAGCCUCUGGAGAUGAAAGCAUAAAGGUCAAACGGGUACGCUUCAGCCCGAGAAAAUUCAACGAAAAAGAAGCAGAGACCUGGUGGCUUAACAACAGAGACAAAGUUUACAAGAAAUAUAAUGAUCUAGCAGCGCUUGCCCAACUUAAGAAAUUAUCAAUUUCGGGCAAGGCUGGAUCUGCCUCAAUUGUUACAUUUCUCGAUAUAAGGGAAGAAAGUAAUGAACAGCCACUAUCUCAGACCACAUUUGACCAGAACAUGAAAUCCAGAAAUUCAGAGGUCGAGGGAACUGCUAGUCACAUUGCGGAUGUGUGGAUUGAAACUUAUGAACCUGGGGUGCAUGUAACACUUAGCGCCUUCAGAGAUGGAAGUAGAGACAUCAAACGGAUACGAUUCAGCCGGAGAAGAUUCCGGGAGCACGAAGCAGAAGCCUGGUGGCUGGAGAAUCGAGAAAAAGUUUACAAGAAAUACAGUGUCAUCCAUCCUUAG